AAUUGAAAAAAAAAAAAAAAAAAGCCUACGCCAAAUCUGAAGGAGCGCGGCGAGAUUUAAAUUUUUAUUUACAGAAUUGUUGGAUCAUUUCAUAUCUUCCAAUCGGAAAUGGCGACAAAGCCACUGCAGAUCGCCAUUUUGGGCGCUGGUACGUUUGUAAGGACUCAGUACAUUCCCAGACUCUCUGAGAUCUCUGGUCUCGUUCUUGUAAAAGCCAUCUGGAGCCGUACCGAGGAAUCGGCAAGAGGUGCAGUAGAAAUAGCUCAGAAACAUUUUCCUGGGUUGGAAUGUAGGUGGGGAGAUGGGGGUCUUGAUGAGAUCAUCAAAGAUGUAUCAAUUACUGCAGUUGCUGUGGUAUUGGCUGGACAAACUCAGGUUGACAUGUCACUGAGGAUGCUAAGGGCUGGAAAACAUGUACUUCAAGAGAAACCAGCGGCAGCUUUUAAAAUUGCAGGUUCAAGUGAGUUGGAAACUGCAAUACAUAACUACAAAUCUUUUUCUCUCGAUGUUCCUAGCAAUUUAAUUUGGGCUGUGGCUGAAAAUUACCGGUUUGAGCCUGGAUUUGUGGAGAGCAAGAAACUAGUUGCUGAAAUUGGGAAAAUGAUGAGCGUCCAAGUUAUCAUAGAAGGAUCAAUGAACAGUUCAAAUCCUUACUUCUCAAGUUCUUGGAGACGAAAUUUCAAGGGAGGUUUCAUUCUUGAUAUGGGCGUGCAUUAUGUAGCGGGAUUGAGAAUGCUUGUUGGCUGUGAGGUACUUUCAGUUUCAGCUAUGACAUCUCACGUGGAUGCGACCUUACCUCCACCAGACAAUAUAUCAUGUGUUUUUCAUCUGGAGAAUGGAUGUUCAGGAGUAUUUGUAAUGGUUGUCUCCUCAAGAUCGCCCAAGAUAUUAUGGAGAGUUGUUGGCAUCAACGGAACUGUGCAAAUUGAGCGUGGAUUUCAAGGACGACACGGCUACCUGAUUACAUUUUAUGGUACUGAUGGGCAAAGCAAAAGCUCAUUCUUCCCAUUCAGUGGAGUGACUGAAGAAUUUAAAGCUUUUAUAAGUGAUGUUUCUCGGAGCACCCUUAAGAAGGAAAAUCAGUUUGAAGCUGAACCCCGCCUCUCUUUCAUCGAAGGUGCCAGAGAUGUUGGUGUCUUAGAGGCUAUGCUUGAAUCCGGAGCAAGGCAGGGUGCACUUGUUCAUGUGAAAAAGUUCUGAGAUUAUCAAAAUGGAAUUCUUUUGACCGGUCGAACGAUACAAGUUUCUGCCAAUUUAUUAUGUGCCGGUUUUGAACGUUUGAGCUUAGAAAAAGCAAUAUAGAUGAAUAGACUGGUGUUAGCUGUUGAAUUUACUCGGAACACUAUGAUUGGAUGAAAAGUUGGAUGAUGUUAUUUAUAUUAUAACAUAUUUGGAGA